UGCGUCCUAGUUUAAGGUACGGGUUGGGCUGGGGAGCGGUGGAGCCAGCCAGUCCGAUUCAGGAAGUCGAGUUCCUGACCUCAGGAGCAGAGCUGGGUGCCCUGAAACCUCAGCCAGUGACGCAGGGGGCGCUUUCUUCCACAACAUACGGGUGGCACCCACUGACCCGCAGCGCCGCCUCUCUCCGGGGACCUGGCGGUGGGAGGGAGGGACUGGAGGAGGGACCCAGACCUCACCCUUGUGCCCAAGUCACUUCAGACAGCACCGGAACAGAUCCAAGGGUCCCGCCGCCGGGAGGAAGCCUUCCAGCGGACCCAAAGGUGUUCCUGGUGGCAUUCCCAAACGUGAAGCUGAAAGAAAAAUAAAUACCAAGUGGCUAACACUGUGUUCUGUGAAGCCGAGGGCUUCUUAGAUAAUUGGGAGCCUCUGGCCCCACACUAGCCCAGAACCAUGGAGAGAAACAGUUCCUUCUUCAACUCUAUCUGGGAAACCAUCCGGAUCAGACACGAAAGAGGCAUCUUCAACACCGUCUGCCUGGCUGUGUUCCUGGGGCUGCCCUUAGUGGUGGUUCUCACCCUCUUCUUCAUUUGUUGCCAUUGCUGCUGUAGCCGGCCACCCAAGAGCAACCAACAGCCAGACCAGAACAAGAAGAAAAAGAAAAAGAAGAAGAAGAAGAAGAAAGAUGAAGACCUCUGGAUCUCUGCUCAGCCCAAGCUCCUCCAGAUGGAGAAGAGGCCAUCACUACCUGUCUAGUGAGCAAGGAAGCAGAGUGUCCUUCCUUUGGAGUCAAGCCUCCUUCCAACCACAGAUACCUAGAGGAGCCUUUAAAGUGAUGCGUUCACUCCCACAAAUUACCCAACCAAGGAACAAAUUUCAGACUAAGCAUCCCAAUGGAUGGGAGUGUGUAGACAAUUCUUACAAUGUCCUGGCAGCUAUAUGUCCAAUAUCAGAGCUCUCUGAUGUAGCCCCAAGCAUGUACUGCAGUGUCUGGUAUACUCUACCACAACAGCACAGAAAACAGGUAUACAUGCAUGUUAGAUGGCAUUCAACUUUGUAUGUAUCAUAAGUAUGUUCAUUUGGACAUGGGACAUGGGACAUGGGACAGGAUAUCCUAUUUAUCACGUGGCCAUGUAAUAUGUAUUUUGCUCAAAUAUACAUACUUGCAGAAAUGUCUUAUGGGAAGACAUGUCCAGAUUUAGGUUCAUAUGCACAAUUAAGUAGCCAUGAUGCAAGGCCCUAUGCACUGUCUAUAUGUCAUUCAGGUCAGAUGGGUGCUUCCUACUUCUAUACCUACAUAGUAUUUUACUGGAAAUACAUUUGGACAUUCUCAGAACCUGGUACAGUCCCCACUUCAGUAAUAUUGAUACAGACAUAGCUAGUGGUUUCUAUAUGCUUCUGACCUUUUGCCUGUACCUAAAAGUUUAAAGUAUGGCUCCAAAUACACUCAAAGCUCUUUGCUUGCAAUUCACGACAAGGUCCUCAUUACCUCUGACAGAUGUUUAAUGUGGUCCAAGACCUCUCGGGGACAUUACCCCAUAACUACUCAGCAAGGUGCCCUUUUCUAAGCAGUGAUGAACAGCUUUUGGCAGUGACUACGAGAAAGCUAUGGAAACCCACAUAUUCACUUCAUUGGACUGCAGGUGUGUACCCAUGAGAUAGAAAGAGUAAAGAGAUGCCCCACAUGAACUAGCUAUAAUCCAUGUGACCAAGGGCUUUCAGAAAGAAAACAAGUAAGAUUAUCCCAAGUCCAGUCUCUGUCUCUCU